AUGGCAGUCAGACUGUGUGAUGUGGCUUCUCUGCUUAGAAGUGGUUCGUGGGCAGCAGAGCCUUGGACUGGGCAGGUAAUUGCUGCCAUGGAAACACAACUGUCUAAUGGGCCAACUUGCAAUAACACAGCCAAUGGUCCAACCACCAUAAACAACUGCUCGUCACCAGUGGACUCUGGGAACACGGAGGACAGCAAGACCAACCUAAUAGUCAACUACCUUCCUCAGAACAUGACACAGGAGGAGCUCAAGAGUCUUUUUGGAAGCAUCGGAGAGAUCGAGUCUUGUAAGCUUGUAAGAGACAAAAUAACAGGACAGAGCUUGGGAUAUGGCUUUGUGAACUACAUUGACCCUAAGGAUGCAGAGAAAGCGAUCAACACCCUCAAUGGAUUGAGACUUCAAACCAAAACAAUAAAAGUUUCCUAUGCCCGCCCAAGUUCAGCUUCUAUCAGAGAUGCAAAUUUGUACGUCAGUGGACUCCCGAAGACGAUGACUCAGAAGGAGUUGGAGCAGCUUUUUUCACAAUACGGACGCAUUAUUACUUCUCGCAUCCUAGUUGACCAGGUCACUGGCAUAUCAAGGGGUGUAGGGUUUAUCCGAUUUGACAAGCGGAUUGAGGCAGAAGAAGCUAUCAAAGGCCUAAACGGCCAGAAACCUCCUGGUGCCACAGAGCCAAUCACUGUAAAGUUUGCUAAUAAUCCAAGCCAAAAAACCAAUCAGGCCAUCCUUUCCCAGCUGUACCAGUCUCCAAACAGAAGGUACCCGGGACCAUUAGCUCAGCAGGCACAGCGUUUUAGGUUGGACAAUCUGCUCAAUAUGGCUUAUGGAGUGAAGAGUAGGUUUUCUCCAAUGACCAUUGACGGAAUGACCAGUUUGGCUGGAAUUAAUAUCCCCGGGCACCCAGGAACAGGGUGGUGUAUUUUUGUGUACAACCUGGCUCCCGACGCCGAUGAGAGUAUCCUGUGGCAAAUGUUUGGGCCUUUCGGAGCGGUCACCAACGUGAAGGUCAUCCGUGACUUUAACACCAAUAAAUGCAAAGGCUUUGGAUUUGUGACUAUGACAAACUAUGACGAGGCCGCCAUGGCCAUCGCGAGCCUCAAUGGAUACCGCCUGGGGGACAGAGUACUGCAGGUCUCCUUUAAGACCAACAAAACGCACAAAGCCUAA